CUCUAAAGCUGUCGUCCCCUUCUGUCCAUGUUGGCUGAGCAACUUCUUACCCUCCUCGCCGUGAUGCUCGUAGUUCUAUCCUAUUACGGUGCUUCUCGCGGUCUUUCUGUGUUGCUUUGCUUCUCGCCGAAAUUCUAGUAGGAAGCCACAUGGAGAGACGACACAAAUUGAAGAUAGAGAAGAAGGAUCAUAUUGAUUUGGCAUAGGUUACUUUGUACUAUCACUAUUUAGCCCUUUACAGUAUUGUCUUAGGGUUUUCAGAAUUCCCAAUUACACCUGCGGACACACAACGUGUUCCAAACUAAAUUCACAACAAAGUAUUGCAAAUUUGUUAUCAAUAUCGUAUCUCUCGCUGGAAAAAUUGAAAGAGGCCUAUCAUCAAGCUCAUAGUUCAUCGAUAUUACAAAUUUCACAGCCAAUAAUCUCCAACCUCAGCAAACUAAAUCGUUAAGCUACCGAAAAUGGGAGGCCAUGGCGGCCUCAACAUUCUCUCGCAGAAGCGGUGGAACAUCUACAACUACGAGAACAGGGAAAAGGUCCGCCGCGACGAGGAGCAAGCCGCCAGAGACGAGCAGAUCAAGUGCGACGCCGAGCUCCGCCUUGAGCGCCUCCGCACCGCCAGGGGUUUGGCUCCUCUCAUUAAGGCCAAGGUAGAGGAAGAGAAGGGGAAGGAAGAAGAAGAACAACUGGAAUUGAAGAAUUCGGGUGACAACAGACACAUUAACUUGUUCAAGGGGAUUAAGGUUUUCGAUCCUGUACGAGAAACCGAGAAGAGGAAGGAGUUGUUAGGGGAAAGGGAAGGGUGGAAGAAGGAGAAGAAGAUGAAGAAAGAAGAAGGGAAGUCCUCGGGGGUGGUGGUGGGUCCCGAGGAUGAGAAGUAUAGGUUAGGGUAUAGGGUAGCAGGGAAGGGUGUGAAGAUGCCUUGGUAUCUUGAGAUUCGUAAUAGCGCCGAUGAGAAGGGUGGUGGGGAUGAUAGUGAUGGGGAAGUGAAGAAUGAGAACAAGAAGAAGAAUGGGAGGAAGACUUUGGAGGAGUUGAGGGAAGAGAGGUUGAAGAGGGAGAAGCACGAGAAGGAGUGGGAGAAGAGUGAUUGCCAAUACAACCACGUUUUCCACCCUCCAGUGUGGCAAUCAUUCGCCACGUCACUCCCGCCGGCAAGCAAUAUGAACGGAAAAUUCGAGAGGGACCACGUUGAUGCAUUUUUUACAUUCUGGAGGACGUAAUUAGUGCAAUUGGGAAGCUAGGGACUAAAUCGAUGCAUUUUGUAAA